AUGAUAAACUUCGAUGCCUUCCCCAUGGCCUCGGUGUGGUUGGAGCCGGUGUGUGGGGUCUCGUGUGGGCGUGGGUCCGUCAUCAGCCUCUCCUGGGUGCCGUCGGUCUCUCCUGCUGCUCCCAGAGACUCCUCGCUUCGCGGUCAGGCGAGGUCAGACAGUUGUGCCUUGGCUGCACUGACGGGGCUCGGUGCUGUGGGGUCUCCCCGGUCUGCAGGUCUGCUGGGAAACAUGUCUAUCCUUUGGGGGAAUGCCUCAGCCACAAGAACGAAUGGCAGCCUCUCUACAACCGACAUAACUCCCACAAACCUGGCCCUUGCCACCUUCAUCUUAGUAUCCUUCCUGGUGGGGACAUCGAUCAACGGGCUCUUCCUUUGGAUACUAGGAGUGAAGAUGAAGAGAACAGUGAAUACCCUCUGGUUCCUCCAUCUGAUUUUCAUUUACUUCAGCGCCUGCUUGGUCCUACUUUUCUUUGCUAUCACCCACUUCCUCAACUCCCACUGGGUCUUUGGCAGAAUUCUGUGCAAGGUCAUCAACUCCCUCGCUUCACUGGGGAUAUUCACCUCAGUAUUUCUCCUCACCAUCAUCAGCCUGGACCGCUACCUCCUCAUCCGCCACCCUAUCUGGUCCCAGCAUAACCGCACCGUUUCCCGGGCACGAUGGGUGACUGCAGGAGCGUGGCUCACUUCCCUCACUCUGACCGCUCCCUACCUGGCUUUCAGGGAGCCGCGAGUAGUAGAGAAUGGCAGAAUCGAUUGUCUCUACAAUUAUGCUCUCUCCAAUGACUGGGAUGGUCAUGGAAUGGAUGCCCUGAGGGAUCACGUUCACUUGGCUCUCUUUGUGGUUCAGUUCCUGCUGGGUUUCUUGGUUCCCUUCUGCAUUAUCAUGGGUUGCUACUGUGGGAUGGGAUGGGAAAUGAAGAAGAAAGGGUUGACAAAGAACAGGAAGCCUUUCAGAGUCUUGGUGGUUGCCGUGGCCUCCUUCUUCAUCUGCUGGCUUCCCUACCACCUCUACUUUGCUUUGCUUUUGCUUCCAGGCAUGCCUGAAGUAGUAUUACGAGUUCUGUAUAUCUUUGGGGCAAUUGGGGUGUGUUUCAAUAUUUGUUUCACCCCCGUUCUCUAUCUUUUUGUUGGGGAGAAAUUCCAGCAAGUCUUCAAGAUGUCCCUUGUAGUUCUGUUCAACAAAAGUUUUGCGAAUGUUUUCUUCGUAUCCGAGGAAGACGAUAACACAGGAGUGACCCCAGACCCGUGCCAAUAG